UUUUUUUUUAAAUAACGAUUAAUAUAUAUAUGAGAACAAUAUUUAAUUUAAUAGUAUAGUUAAAACAAAUACUUUUCUCAAUUCCUUUUGUUAAGUUCAUUUUAAAGUAAAACAUGUUACGUCAAAUAAUAUUUUUAUUUUUGUUUACAAAAAUAUAUGCAAACUCGAAUAAUCCUGGUUAUUUGAAAUUACACUGCACUUUUUCGAAACAUAUGCUGACUUUUUUUCAACUUAAUGAAAAGUAUUUUCUUUUAUCAACAAAACAAAACGUUGAAAAUGUAACCUACAUGGACCAUUUGAAAUAUUACGGAGAAAAUCUAAAGACCCAAGGUGUCAUAGUAAUGUCUAUGCUCGAUGAAUUGCGAACUAAAGGCUUCAAAGAAUUUCCAGCUGAUUUGAUGACGGUAAACUUAUAUUUAAAUAAUGUUAUGGGACAUAUUUAUAUGUAUUCAGAUAUUGAAGAUAUUAAAGGUAAAAGGGUAAUUUCGGAAGAAGAACGACUGAGGCAGGGGUUUGUUAUAAAUUAUGGUUUGAUUGUUAAUCAUUUAGUAAAAGUUUUGAACGAAAAAUGUGGGAGUUUAAGUUUAUAUCUUAUACAGUUAGAAAAAAGAUUUCAAUUUUUAUCAAAUAUUAGUGAAGAAUGUACUAAGCCAUUCCGAACUGAUGAUAUUCAAGUAAUCCAUAAUUGUUUAGAAAAUUUAAAAACUCUCGCUAGUAAUACAUUUCACAUUACAGUACAAAGAGGCAGCUUUUCAGACUAUCAUCCAUCCAAUUUAUUAUUUUUCGACUUACUCAACCCCUAUAGUAAAUUUAAUGAUCAAUUUGUUAUUGACGAUGGGCUUAAUUCAAUGAGAAUGGUAAGAGUAAAGUCCCACUUAAACAAUGAAGCAAAUAUCAUAAAUUUAUAUGAGACUGCACUAUUUAAUUUUGAUGGUUAUUAUUUAAAGUCUUUUCAGCAGCAAGUAUUAGUGGCUACACUAUACCCACUGUUAAAAGUAAUCAUCACAUUUUUAAAUAUGUUUACACAAAUGUAUGAAAACAGUUUCGAGGACCAAUUUAAAGACAACAUUACACAACGAAGUGUUAAAAUAAAAUCAAUAAUUUCAAAAUUAACGCAUCAAAAUUUGUACAUUUAUAAAAUUAACAAAUACCUAAAUAACAUAUCUAAUGACUUAAGCAAUAUCUACUAUUUAAGUACUUAUAAGCCAGGUUGGAUAUAUAAUUUAAAAUCUGAUAUAGCCAAUAUAGUUACCCUUAAUAAAUUAGAAAUAAACCAAGAAGAUACAACCACUCGAUAUAUAACAAAAGAUGACUGUUUGGAACUAUUGAAAAAUACUCAAGAAGAAAUUAAUAUGAUUGAAAAGUAUGUCGAUGACUUAUUAUUGAAAAAAGAUGUAUUGUUAAUUGUAAAAGACACUAUUAAUCAUAAUGAUAUACUUGAUAUAGAACCAAUAAAUGUUUUAAAUACAAGGUUAACUGGGAGUUUUAAUCAUUAUGAUGAAAAUAAAUUAUUUUCUAAACCGAAUCCUGAAGAUGUAAAAGUAAAUAAUAGAAAUAGAAAAAAAAGAGGAAAAACGAGUAAAAAUAAUAUAAGCAAAAACAAAAUAAGCAAUGAAAAUCAAAAUGAACAUACAUCAUGUAGUGAUAUGACCGAUAAUAUACAUAAACAUGAUUUUAAUACGAUUAAUUUCAACGAAAACAAUAAUGCAUCAAACAGUUUAACUAAUAAAAUUAAUUCGAAAAAAGACUCUGAACCAAACUCAAAUGACUUUGUGGUAGUAAAUAUCAUUAAUGAAAAUGAAAAAUCAAAUCAAAAUAAUAAAAUACUUGAUAAAAGUAAUUCCUCUAAUGAUAAAGCAUACAAAAAUACACCUGGCAUUUUGUCAACUAAUAAGAAUUUCAAUAAAGGAAAAAACAAAGUUUUAGAUAUUAUAAAUAAUAUAAAUGAAAAAGCAAUGAAAAAUAUCAAGUUGAAUGAAAAUAAUUCAAAUUCUAGUUGUCAAACAGAUAAUAAAAGUACACCAAAUUGUCCAACUGAUAAUUUAAAUUCGAAUAAAAACAAAGAACAAAACAGUGAAAGUUAUAGUAAAAAAGCAAAGUCUAAUGGUAUUAUAAGUGAUUUAAAUGAGGAAAAAAUGCAAGAUGCAAACAGUAACAGUUCUGAAAAAAAAUCGACGGUUAAAGAUAUUAUAAGUAAUAUAAAUAAAAAAGAAAUGAAAGAUAUCAAGUUGAAUGAAAAUAAUUCAAAUUCUAGUUGUCAAACAGAUAAUAAAAGUACACCAAAUAGUCCAACUGAUAAUUUAAAUUCGAAUAAAAACAAAGAACAAAACAGUGAAAGUUUUAGUAAAAAAGCAAAGUUUAAUGGUAUUAUAAGUGAUUUAAAUGAGGAAAAAAUGCAAGAUGCAAACAGUAACAGUUCUGAAAAAAAAUCGACGGUUAAAGAUAUUAUAAGUAAUAUAAAUAAAAAAGAAAUGAAAGAUAUCAAGUUGAAUGAAAAUAAUUCAAAUUCUAGUUGUCAAACAGAUAAUAAAAGUACACCAAAUAGUCCAACUGAUAAUUUAAAUUCGAAUAAAAACAAAGAACAAAACAGUGAAAGUUUUAGUAAAAAAACAAAGUCUAAUGGUAUUAUAAGUGAUUUAAAUGAGGAAAAAAUGCAAGAUGCAAACAGUAACAGUUCUGAAAAAAAAUCGACGGUUAAAGAUAUUAUAAGUAAUAUAAAUAAAAAAGAAAUGAAAGAUAUCAAGUUGAAUGAAAAUAAUUCAAAUUCUAGUUGUCAAACAGAUAAUAAAAGUACACCAAAUAGUCCAACUGAUAAUUUAAAUUCGAAUAAAAACAAAGAACAAAACAGUGAAAGUUUUAGUAAAAAAACAAAGUCUAAUGGUAUUAUAAGUGAUUUAAAUGAGGAAAAAAUGCAAGAUGCAAACAGUAACAGUUCUGAAAAAAAAUCGACGGUUAAAGAUAUUAUAAGUAAUAUAAAUAAAAAAGAAAUGAAAGAUAUCAAGUUGAAUGAAAAUAAUUCAAAUUCUAGUUGUCAAACAGAUAAUAAAAGUACACCAAGUAGUCCAACUGAUAAUAUAAAGUCUAAUAGAAAUAAAGAACAAAACAGUAACAGUUUUAAUAAUAAUUUAAACUUUAGCAACAUUAUUAAUGAUUUAAAUGGAAAAUUAAUGCGAGAUAUGAUAUUUGAUGAAAAUUGUCAAUAUUUUAAUAAACAAAAUUACAGUGAAAGUAUAUCAAACAACACUUCCAAUAGUGUUAAAAAUUACAAAAAUGAAGAUCAAAUAAGUAGCGAUCCUGACAAAAAAUCAAUGGUUUCAGAUAUAAUAAAUGACCUAAAUAAAAAAUCGAAGAAAGAUGUUGAUCAAAACAAUGUUAAUUUUGAAAAUAAAUCUGUUACUAAAAAUUCAUUAAGUAAUUUUAACAGUAGUAUAAUUAAUAGUGAAUUAGAGCAAAAAAAUAGCGUUGAUUCUACAAAUAAAUCGAGUGUUUUACAUAUUAUAAGUAAUCUGAAUGAAAGAUCUAAAAACGAUAAAAAUAAUUUGGAAAUUAAAGGAUCAACUAAAGGCAGUAAAAAAGAUAGUAACGAUAAAUCAAUAGGGUUAUCUACAAUCAAAAAAACAUCAAAAGAUAAUGAAAAAAACAAUCAUAUUUUAAAUAAAAAUCAUAGAUUUAGUAAAACAAAUAAACCAGUUGAAAGUAAUCAAAUGGCUAGAGUAAAAAAAUUUAAUUCCGUGAAGAAAACCAAUAAUGAUGACGAUAUUGAAUCUAUAAUUGGUCAAUCAAAUUACAAUGAAUUAGGUAUAGAUUGUAGAUUAGAUAGACAUUAUAAUUUGACUAAUUCUAAAUCAAAUGACGUUCGUGCUCCUAAGGAGCCCAUGAAAAUUUUCCCAACAAGAAAAAAUAAACCUACUGGUUCACACGUAAGUCGCUUGCUAGACAUUUACAACGAACUAGUUGAAAAUCAAUUCAAAAAUCAAAAUGAAACUCUUGAAAAACCUAAUUCUGAUAGUUAUUCAAGUAAAACUAAAAAUGUACUCAAUCAAGUAAACAACAUUGAAAAAAUUCUCAAAAAACUACAAAAUAAGAAACCAAAUCGUGAUUUUGGUUCAACAAAUAAACUGCUAGAAGAUAAUAAUAGCCAGAAAAUUGUAAUAUCUUUAAAUAAACCGAUGAAAAAAAAUAAAGAUGCCACAUCAUUAAAUUGUCUAUUUAUAAAGUUUACGUUGAAAUUUUUACAGUUGAAUGAACAACUUUUCUUAACAAGACACUCCAAAAAUGGAAUUGAAAUAUUUACAUCAGAUAACCUUAUUAAUUAUGAUUCAAACCUUCAGUUCCAAUCAGAAUAUAUUUUAGCAAUGCUUGACGAGUUAAGAACAGUACAAAGUGAUAUUUUUGCUUCAGAAUUAAUGUCUGUUAAUUUAUACAUAAAUAAUCUUCAAGGGAAAUUAAAAAUUGAUUCGCUUAAAAACAAUAAUAUUCAAUUAAAAAGAAAAGAAUUUAUUAAUAAUUACAAGAUGAUAAACGAGCGCCUUUCAAAGUUUACAAAUUUAAAAUGUCAAACACUCAAAGAACCCAAUAUUGAUGAACGAUUUAAAGACCUAAAAUGUUAUGUUGAUCAAAUUAGCAGAAUUGAAAUAACCAGUCUAAGUACAAAAAAGAUCAUAGAAAGCUUACAAUUGUUAAAAUACCAUAGCUUUUCAACGUUUAAAAAGAGUCUCGACAAUGGCACUUAUCAUGAUUUCCAUCCAACCAACAUUUUGUUUUACGAUUUGAUGACAGGCAGUGCAGCUUUUGACGUAUCAACAAAUUUUUAUGCUUUUAAAGAAACGAACGAAAGAUUGAACUCUUUAAGAGAAGUUGUCUUGAGUGUAAACAAUAAUGUAGAAAUUAAAAACACUAUAGUAGAAUUAUUUUAUUGUGCGUCGUCAAACUACAAUGCAGAGUACACGAAAUCUUUCCAACAACAAGUAUUAGCAGCGACUGUUUAUCCCGUUUUCAAGUGUAUUAGUCAUUAUUUGCUUGCGUUUAAAAAAAUAUAUUGUGAUAGAAAUACACCCAUGAAAUCUACUGAAGCUAUGAUAAAUAUUGGUACUUCAAUGAGAUACAACGUAAAAACAUUUAUAGAAUUGGACUUGUUUGCAAAUAAACCGACAGAAUAUCUAAUAAAUAUGUUUGAUAAAUUUAAUGAUAUUUUAAAUAAGACAACGAAUGACACCAUUAAAUUUAUGCAACCUGAAAAGGUUUCAGAACUUUUGUUAAUGUGCACAAAACCUAUGCAGUUAAAUCAACUAGAAUUCAAUGUUGAUGACAAAUUUUCAAACAUAUUAUCAAAAAAUAUUUAUAAAACAGUAAUUCAAGAAAUUAAUAAUGAAGUAAAUGAAAUUAGUAAAUACAUCCAAUCGUUGACGCUUCAUGAAAAUUUAUUCAAAAUUAUUAAGAGAUCAAUUCCUCAUGACGAUAUAUUUGAAAUUCAACCAUUGAAUUUUAUGCAAAAAUGUAUUUUAGAUCGAAUCAAUAAGAAUGGAGAAGAAAACAAAUGAUAUCAUCUUUUUCAAUUAAUCUAAGAUAGCAUAGAUCAUUUUAAUAAUUCUAGAAUAAGUGUAUUGAUACUAUUAAUAUAUUAAAUGUAUUGAAUUUAUUGUACAUUAUUUAUUGUGCUAAUAUUUAAUUGAUGCAUUUAAUUUAUAUCGUUUCAUUAAUUGUAAUUUUACUGUAAAUCUAUUUAUAUGUAAUAAUUUAUUAUUAUUAGAAUUGUUGAAAAUUUCAAUUUAUCUUAAACCUACGCUGUAUUUUCAAAG